AAUAGCGUCAUCUCAAAACUAUCCGACAGUAGCCCCUCAAUCACGCUUUCGAUAUUCUCGUCCAUUGCGCAUCAGAGCAAGAGCAAGCAUAGGCACACCGUUUAAUCAAACGAGUUCAACCCCGUGAAAAGGUUCAGCUGUCAUAUACCCCCUGGCGCUUGCGAAAGACAGCCACAAUUCGAUAUGAAGGCCUAUUGGUAUGAUAACCUCGAUGGUGACCAGCGCCUGGCUCACGACUCGGGCAAAGAAGUUACCGUCGACGAGUUGAAGAAAUUUGGAGUCGUUUACCACCGAAUCUCCGAUAUUCAUGGCGUUGAUAAACUUGCAGCUGAACGUGGGUACAGGAACAGGGAUGAGAUCAUCGUUUCACCGGAGAAGAUGGGCGACGUCUAUGAGGAAAAGGUCAAGUCGUUCUUCCACGAGCACCUCCACGAGGACGAGGAGAUUCGCUUUGUACGCGAUGGGCAUGGUUACUUCGACGUGAGGAGCGCCGAUGACGCAUGGGUUCGCAUCCGCGUUGAAAAGGACGAUCUGAUUAUCUUGCCCGCUGGCAUUUACCACCGGUUCACUACCGAUGAAUCCAACUACAUUAAAGCCAUGAGGCUCUUCAAAGACGAGCCCAAGUGGACCCCCUUAAACAGAACUACGGAUUUGGAUGUGAACCCGCACAGGAAGGAAUACGUGCAGGAGUACCUCCAAGGCAAAUUUUCUGCUUGAUUAACGCUACGCCAGAGGGGCCUCCUUGCAGAAGAUGGAAUGCAGUGGUCAAACGCUUGGAAUCUCAAUGCUCUACACCUAUGUCACUGUCCAUUUUCUCAUUCGUUCAUGAUGUACCUCAUGUAAUUGAGAUGACUCUGGGGCGUAUAUAGUGGUUCAACCCCCCCCCCCC